AUGGUAUUAACACCAGCUACAAGAUCUCUUGCUUCACCGGACGACAGUUUCCCCUCCCUUCAGCUGUUUCUUCUGGCAAUAUGUCGUGUCGCCGAGCCGAUUGCCUUGACCUCUAUCUUCCCUUACUCAUGGGUCAUGGUCAAGGAUCUUCACAUGGCUAGUGGGAGCGAUGCCUCUUUCUACGCGGGCAUCCUGAUCUCCGCUUUCUCCCUGGCCGAAGCCAUGACCGGAAUGUUCUGGGGCAGUCUGUCCGACCGUAUUGGCCGCAAACCUGUGCUACUCUCAGGUUGUUUCGGAACGAUGCUCUCGUUACUGCUUGUCGGGUUUGCCCCCAACUUCUGGGUCGCUCUUCUCGGCCGAGCGCUCGGCGGUGCGCUGAACGGAAACAUCGGCGUUAUCCAGACCAUGGUUGGCGAGUUGGUGAAGCGCCCGGAGCAUGAACCACGGGCAUAUGCUAUCAUGCCCUUUGUUUGGUCAAUUGGAACCAUCAUUGGACCAGCAAUUGGCGGGCUGCUUGUUAAACCUGCCGAAGGUUACCCUGCUCUAUUUCCCGCCGAUGGUCUCUUCGGACGCUUCCCGUACCUCCUGCCUAAUCUCGUGUGCUCCCUGAUGUUGCUUUUGAGCAUCAUUGGCGGAUGGCUGUUUCUUCAGGAGACCCAUCCGGAGAUGCAACCUCACAGUACUCACCAAUUCUUCGAGCACACCUCGGCUGAACAGCCCCUUCUUGCCACAUCUGGUGCAACCGCCAAUGCUGGAGUUGAUCUACGUGCGGAAUCAUAUGGGACAUUCAACCAGGUCAGCUUGCAUGAUGAUGGCAACUGGGAAGUCAUGGCAGACGGCUCACCCCAGGCUUGGAAAGAGAGCAGCAAGCCACAAGCCUUUACUUGGCGAGUCACAAUGUUGGUUGUCGCGCUUGCCAUUUUCACCUAUCACUCAAUGACCUAUGACCACCUGUUGCCCAUUUUUCUCCAAGAUGAGAAUAGCCGUGGCCAUGGAGCUGGUCAAAACUCAUUUCUCGACAUUCCAGGCGGCGUGGGCCUGUCGACCCAGACAGUUGGAAUGAUUAUGUCGACAGACGGUAUCAUCGCGUUGGUCAUUCAAAGCGUGAUAUUCCCUGCUUUGGCCCAGUGGCUCGGUGUUUGGCGCUUGUUUGUCGUUGUGACAAUUCUUCAUCCAAUUGCCUAUUUCAUGGUCCCCUUCGUCGCUGUUCUGCCCCCGCAUCUCACUUUUGUUGGGAUCUACGCCUGCUUGAUAGUCCGAAAUGUCUUGUCUAUCAUCGACUACCCCGUUCUCCUCAUCCUCAUCAAGCAAGCCAGCCCGUCCGAUUCUGUACUUGGAAAAAUUAACGGGUUGGCUGCAUCUGCUGGCGCUGCGUCUCGCACUGUCGCACCCCCGGUCGCGGGAUUUCUCUAUAGUACUGGUGCUCAGAUUGGUUGCACUGCGCUUGCUUGGUGGGGGAGCUCGUUUAUUGCGCUGCUUGGUGCCGCGCAGCUUUGGUUCAUCCACCAGAAGAAGAAUUCAUCGGCUACAGUUGCUCCCGCUGCGCGAUGCCGAUACAUGUCAGUUUCAGAAGAGCCUCGAAACGAUGUGGUUCAUAUACUGGUGACCGAUGUUGAGACCGAGGGUACGGCACAGGCUGAUCUUCGAGCUAACGAGACCGGGAAAGGGGAUUGA